UCCAAACAACAUCCCGACUGCGACUACAACUUCAAUCGAUUCCAGGCAACCACGGGGCAACCUCUCCUUCCUCUCCGAGGUCGCCGCUGCCGCUUGACAUUGCGCGGAGUUACCUCUACGGAGCGACUUCAACACUACGGACGUACCUUCCAUCUUGUGUAAACGACUGUAUGUUCUCAGGUCCGAGUUCGGACGAGUCGGCUGGUUCCGUCAACCAAUCCAGGCAACCGCAGCCGUUUUGCAGAGUCGGACAAAGAAUGGAAACCUGAAGCGAUGACAUGAUCAACCGACAUUAUCCGUCGUAAUUCUAAGCGGCUUACACUUUUCGCAACCGAACAACGCACGCAAUUGACCGACCAAGAUGAGCUUCCAAACACUCCAAGAAAAGGUCGCCUUUUUCGAGGUGCUGGACGCCCUCAGCGAGACCAACAGUGAUGACGAGGAAUUCGAUACCAAGGAGCAAGAACAUCGCGCAAGAAGCAAGGCUUUCUUCAGUUCCAAGGUGAAGCCAAAGACCCCGACGAUUCCUCAGACACAGCCGGCAGCGACAACUUCGACUCCACUCUCUAAAACAUCGCGACUCGACAUCAUCAAAGCCACCCCCGGAACACAGAAUCUCCGGAGAACUGCUAUCAAAAACACAAGAGACACUACCAAUGUCUCGGAUACUUCCUUUGUUGUAAUAGAAACACCACAACCAAGCACAAGCUCAGCUCGGCCGGUUCCUCCGUCGCUGCAGAGAAGUGCGACGUUGCCCACACCGUCAUCUCUUGCUCAGCAAUCUUCGUCAGGCACAUCUUCCACGAGGAAACGAAAGCGCCAAGCCGAGACAAAAGCUGUACCCGAAGCAGACCAGAUAUUCCGCACUCUCUCGUUCUUCUACAUUCCCAAUGACAACGUUGCCCCCGCCCGACGACUGCGCAUCACCAGAGCCCAGGAAUAUGGGGCCAAGUGGGUUCGCUCUCUGAAAGAAGCUACUCAUGUCAUUGUCGACAAGCGCCUGGCCUACCAGGAUAUCCAGAAUAUGCUAGAUACGACAUCUGCUCCAGUCGUUGUUAACGAAGAGUAUCCCAUAGAUUGCAUUCAGUUCCGCACUAUCCUCAAUCCGGACCAGGCUCGCUACAAUAUCCCAGGUCGUCCUCCUCCAGCUUCAUCGACAACAAUCGUGCAGACAACAGAUACCCAUGCAGUAUCCCAAAUCUCCAACCGGUCGCUACAGGUCAAGGUCUCGACGGCAAAAAGGAGGAAACAGAUGCCUAGCUCACAAGAGAAAACACAAUCACAGAGUGAGGAGUCAGUCCCCCAAGCUGAGUCCGCUGACGUACAAGAGAAGCACGAUAAGCCUGUGGUCAAGAAUCACACAGAUGCAAACUUGGAGGACGAUGAUUUCAUACCAGAACCGAGGCCACCCAUUCUUCCAAGCCUACUCGCUCAAAGCCAUGGCUCAAAGAGUAGUCUCCCGAAAAUAUCAUCUCGUCGUCAAAACAGUGCUCCGAAAGAUGAUCCUAAAGACGAGCUUUCCGGGUAUAUUGACCUCCUACAACAGUACAAAGACCUCCCCUUGGACGAUCCUCUAGAAGAUGAUGCUCAAUCGGUCAUCUCUCACCAGGAGGAGACUAUUUCUGAAUCCGAAAGAGAGGGAGGUUCCGCAGAUGAACACACCCAUAAGCGUCGCUCACAAAGAACACGCCGGCCCACUCAGAAAAAAAUCGCAUUUGAAGAUCGGUUUGCCUGUAACAAGGGCGGGACUAAGGACAAAGCCACUGAAGCUCAAAACCCCAAUGCCAGGACAAUCGAGGUUCUCCAAUCAAUGUGUGACUACUACAACCGGAUUUCUGAUCAGUGGCGCACCACCGCCUAUCGGAAAGCUAUCGCUACUCUCAAACGUCAGACCACCAAGAUUACCACAGCUGAGGAAGCAUAUCGUCUCCCCAACGUUGGGAAGAGACUGGCAGAGAAGAUCGAAGAAAUCGUCACAACUGAUUCCCUUCGACGCCUGGAGUACGCCCAAGACUCCCCUCUAGACCGCGUUCUCGCAAUGUUCCUCAAGAUCUACGAUGUAGGGACAGGCCGAGCCAACAAGUGGAUUUCUCAGGGCUUCAGGACGUUGGAUGACUUGAAGCAGAAAGCGGAUUUGACGCCCAACCAAAGGAUUGGUAUCGAUCACUACGACGAUCUGAACACGCGUAUUCCGAGAAGCCAGGUAACUGCCCUAGGCGACUACAUCAAGAAAGAAGCAGCACAGAUUGAUCCAGCGGUCGAGUUGCUCAUAGGUGGGAGCUAUCGGCGUGGAGCUGAGAGCUCGAGGGAUGUGGAUUUCAUCGUUACCAAGAAAAAUACUAACUCAUCAGCCGACCUCGUCCCCUUCUUUGAGCGGCUGCUCAAGGUACUCACGGACAAGGGUUGUGUGGUUGCUACUCUAUCAGCACUACAUGCGAACCGGAGAGGGAAGGAUGGACCAGGCAGUAAAUGGCUUGGCUGCUGUGUGCUUCCGCGAGAACACGAACCCACAAGCGACAAGGUGACAACCAGGAGAUCAGCCAAGUCAGCUUCGUCUAACGCUCCGCAACCAAUAUGGCGCAGAGUAGACUUUCUGCUUGUUCCUGAAACCGAGUACGGCGCCGCCUUGAUCUACUUCACUGGUAACGAUAUCUUCAACCGGAGUAUGCGCCUCCUUGCAUCGAAGAAGGGGAUGCGGUUGAACCAGAGGGGUUUGUACAAGGAGGUGAUGAGGGGACGUGAUAGGGUGAAGGUCACGGAGGGAGAGUUGGUUGAGGGCAGAGAUGAGAGAAAAAUCUUUGAGAUCCUUGGGGUCAAGUGGCGCGAACCAGAGGAAAGAUGGUGUUAGCGUUUCUGUUGCCAGUGUGUUUAUCUUAUGGUCUCCCUUGCAAAUAGCCUGUACUACCUGUACCCUACGAUGAGAGCAUCACCCAGUACGUCCCGUGUUUGCUAUCGAGACGUCAGCUGGUGUUCUCCGCAUAGGCUGCCGAGCCGCACUUGAGCUGCUUUCAGUUGUCUAGAAACAGGUUGUUGACGUUCCUUCCAUUGUUUCUUUUAUAUUCAAUAAACCCUCAACAUGCC